CAGCCCCCUCCAUCCGAGAAAAUCCGCCGGAGCCUGCGCCUAGAGGCUUAAUUGCCAGAGUCCCGGGAUCUUUGGCACGUUUGGUAUGCCGCUUUUGGUGGGAGGGGGGUUGGAGUAAGGGGGCUGACAUCUAGUUGGUGCGUGCGCAGCCUCAGGCCCUCCAGUCCGGGCUGAGUCCAUGGAAACCGCACUCGCAGGCUGGCUGGGUGCGCGCGCAGUCCACGUUCCUCCUCCCUGGCCUGCCUCUUUAGGGUGCGCGCGCAGCGACCCGACCUCAGCCCCAACCUGGCCCGCUGCUGGUCUCGGGGUUCCGCCUAUGUGGGCCUGGUUUAAAACAGAUCUUGUUGCAGGUAGCCUGGACCCCUUAGCUGACCUUGAACUUCCCCGCCGCCCGGGGGCGCCUCUUGCCUGUAGUUCGCGCCAAGGUGAUCCACACCAGGCCUGGCGUCUGAUACUAGUUGAUCGACCGAUUGAUCGAUUGGCCCGAAGUGGGCGCACGGCGUGGAACCCGUUUGCAGGCGCCUGGUGGCACUUUCCUCCCAGGCUAUUCUUUUUUGCAGGUCCCAGCCCCGGUCCCCACCUCGCCAUGCCCGCGGGCGUGUCGCUGCCCACGUACCUGAAAAUGGUCGCUGCCAGCUUGGGGGCCAUGCUCCUGGGGGCAGAGGUGGUUCACAGGUACUACCGGCCCGACCUGACAAUACCUGAAGUCCCUCCAAAACGUGGUGAACUCAAAACAGAGCUCCUGGGGCUGAAAACCAGACAAGAGCAAGGUCAGAUUUCUCAGCAACAGUGACCUACAUUGUCAACGUGUGAUGCCAGGACUUUUAUUCCAUUUUUAUUCACACAGACAGGCAUUCUGCUUGUCCUCAUUCACUGAGGAUUCUCAAUGAAUAUCAAUAAAUUCAGCUCUAAUUGUGGCUUA